CACACACACACACACACACACACACAGUGUCGCUCUAGUGGUGUAAAGAAAACACAACAACAGCGAGGUGGCGUGUUUUUUAAUCUCGCGCACGCAAUGACGCGGUUGUGUUGAACGCGCGGCGUUAAAGCGCGUGUCUCCUCCGGCUCCUGUACCGAAGCUGCGGUCGCACCGGAGGCUCGGAGGCUCGUUGCGCCAUGGCGGCCGCGCCGCUGACGAAGCGCUCGGGGACGGAACACGCACGGAGGCGCGCGGACCCCCGCAGGAGGCAGGCGGCGCUUUCGUUCCUCAGCAACAUUUCUCUGGAUGGGCGGCCCGUGCGCGGCGACGCGGACGCUCCCGGAGAGGAGGACGGCUCUGUGGAGGCGAGGACGACACGCAGCCCGGUCACCGCCGCCGAGGAGGAGGAAGAAGAAGAGGAGGAGGAGGAGGAAGAGGAGGAAGAAGGCGAGGAGGAUGACGAGGCCCAGGCUCCAAGCAGGCGCGCGAGCUUCGCCAUCGGCGCGAGCCCUCCCACGGACGCGCAGCUCUUCCACGCGCAGGUCUUCGGCUCGCCGUUCGCCGCCGCCGCCACCGCCGCGCGCGGCCGCCUGCACACGUUCACUCAGGGACUUCCGCCCGCCGCGUGCUGCAGGCAGCAGAGCUCGUGCUGCCCGGAGGGAGGAGGAGGAGGAGGACACAUCAGCACCUCCGCUUUCGAGCUGCACAAGUCCAGGCGGAGGCUGAUUUCCCAGCGUUCCUCACUUGAGACUCUGGAGGAUAUUGAGGAGAAUGCUCCUCUUCGCAGAUGCCGAACCUUAUCAGGUUCACCCCGACCAAAGAGCUUCAAGAAGGUCCACUUCAUCAAGAACAUGAGGCAACACGACAUCCACAAUGGAAGGAUAGUCCUUAUCAGUGGCAGAAGAUCCUUCUAUAGUGUAUUUUCUGUCCUGCCCUAUCGAGAUUGUAGCCAAACAGGGGACGGUGUGAAAAUGGAGAGCGGGCGUCAGCGUCACCCCUCAGGCGGCGUCAGUGCCAAGGAGAUGGUGAUCGGGCUCGAGGGCGUAGAGCUGGGCGCCGACGGCAAGACGGUGUCCUACAUGCAGUUCCUCUACCCCACUAAUGUCCUCGGCCGCCGCAACACCAUCGACUCCACAUCGUCCUUCUCUCAGUCUCGUAACGCCAGCCAUCGCAGCCUCAUCCUGGCACGCGCCAACAGCCACCAGAGCAGCCUCGACACGGGGAACGAAGCGGGAGAUUUCAGGGAGUAUGACCCCAACCUUCUGGACGACCCUCAGUGGCCAUGUGGAAAACAUAAACGCGUGCUCAUAUUCCCUUCCUACAUGACCACGGUUAUCGAGUACGUCAAGCCCUCCGACCUGAAGAAGGACAUGAACGAGACGUUUAAGGAGAAGUUCCCUCACAUUCGCCUGACGCUGAGCAAGAUCAGGAGCCUGAAGCGAGAGAUCCGGAAGCUGGCCCAGGACGAGUGCGGAUUCGAGGAGCCCACCGUAGCCAUGGCCUUCGUGUAUUUCGAGAAGCUGGUGCUGCAGGGCAAACUCAACAAGCAGAACCGCAAACUCUGCGCCGGAGCCUGCGUCCUCCUGGCAGCCAAGAUCGGCGGAGACCUCAAGAAGCACGAGGUCAAGCUCCUGAUCGACAAACUGGAGGAGAGGUUUCGGGUGAACCGGCGCGAGCUGAUCGCCUUCGAGUUCCCCGUGUUGGUGGCGCUGGAGUUCAACCUUCACCUGCCGGAGCAUGAGGUCAUGCCACACUACAGACGCCUCCUGCAGAACUCCUAGCAGCAGCUCCUCGUCAGGAGAGACGCUCAUCUCUCUCCUGAUCUGACCCCCAGAAAAGCUCUAUGCACCUGACCAACUCUCUUAACCUGAGGUUUUUUUUCCUCAAAAGGAGAAAAAAAAAAACAUUUCAGCCAAAGUUUCUGGAAAAUUGAUUGCCUGCGCAGUUUUUAUAGACUUACAAAUGACUGUUUGGUUUGUGUCCAAGCUUCUGCAGUCACUUUGGAUUGGAGAAUGUUUUUAGUGCAUCCUUUUCAUCGUGGCUCGCUCUUUUUCUUUCUUCCUCCAUUUUAAAGUUUCUUUCCAUCUCCUUCACUGCAUUCACUUCUUUGCCUAAUCCUAAAGGGAAGCUGUUGCAUGUUGCAUUGUUUAUAGCCUUAAAAUCAACUUGUGAAUGGACUGAAAUUCUCAAGAUGACGAUGACUGUUUCUCAGAAGGACCUCGUACCUUUUACAAAAAGUGCACUUUUUUUGGAGUUUCUAGAACGGCAGAGGUCAAGGACGGUCAUUUCAUCAUCACAUUCAUCACUAAAAUUCAUUCUAAGCAGCACUCCAUGUCUUGGCAUAACCACCCCUGAGCAGAAAAGAGCAGCAGACGUGUUUGAGGUUUUGUACAUUCGACAUCGAAAACACUCCUGUUGUUCUUUUUCUCUGUCUUCUUUUUUUGGUUUGGUUUGGUUUGUUGUUUUUUUUUUUUUUUUUUUUUAAAGAUGUGGUGGUGUGACGAGCUGCCAUUGCGGUUACUGUCCCUGUGCUCUAUGUUAGAGUGGACUCUCGGCACGUUUCUAGUGCUACGCUGGACGAGGGAAGAUGUAUACGAAAGGUCAUACUGCAGAAAAAAACAACGCUAACGAUGUAGAGUCAGCGGGAAGCCUGUGUGUGUUUUAUAUGUUACUGCAGCGCUCACUGUAUCGAAGACCUACACAGUAUUAACAGAUGGUCCAAUUUUGAUAGCUAACUUGCACUGGACUGGGAAAUUUGUAUCUUUUACUCGCUCUUUUUAAGCUAGUUAUGCUUAAAACCAUAUAGACGUGAUGAUUGUUAUUUUUUUUUCGUCACAAGAUGUGAUUUCAUUGUGGCUGAUUGAACACAUUUCAGACUUUUGUUUAACCAUGGAUCAUGAAAAAUCAGUUACCAUAUUUUCUGGACUAUAAGACACUGUUUUGUUUUUUUUAUACAGGAAAUUCAUGUACAAUUUUAGCCUAAACAUACAUCCAUUUAGUUUUACUCCAAAGGUUACAGUUCAUGUUGACGUAGUAAAUGAAUAUACCGUAACCUUAUAUUACCUUAACAUAACAUUAAAAACAAAACAGCCGCACUACUGCUAUCAUUGUCACGCUGACAGGACAAACAAAAGCUUCCUGUAACGUGAAUUACGUUAUAAUGUUUCGCCUUAAUAAUUACAAGAAGUAAUUUUAUACAUCUUAUUUUACCAGUGAGUUCUCUUAAGUGGCACUGACAGUUUUUCUUUAAAACUUAUUUACAAAACCGCUCAGAGGAACUUACUAUGGAAUUCCUAAGCUAAAAAGAAGGGCGGAGUUGACGCUGUUGCUAUGGGUGACCAGGUGUUUGUGAAUGAAUAUCGGCUGAUGCGAAGGCGGGUUACGGUAAACUAAACUACAAAAACGAUCGAGUUGUUAAACACCAACAAACUGCCGUUUAGAAUUGUUCGUGAUUUAGGAGUCCUCUUUACUACCAUCGUGAUUUCACAGAUUUAGGACCUACUUUUAGGAUUGAAGCGCUUUGUGAAGUAUUUUUAAAUAUUUGGAUUUAAAUUCUAGAGUUUCUCCUAGAUCUGUUUUAGCCUCAGGAAACAAUACAGAGCUGAACUACUGCAACACUAACAGGACAAAAUCUAAACUAAACUAGUGGUGAAAUUAGCAUUAUGUACAAUAACGAUAAACAAAAAUAUAUCGAUUGUUUUUUCUUCCUAGCAGACAGAAUUCAGAGCGUCUUAUAUUCCAGGAAAUACGGUACAUUAAAUGGUAGCAAAUUCUCAACGUUGACAAAAUGACGAGAGUUUUAAAAAAAAACUGUUAUUUCCAUAAUCAAACGAGGAUGUUUGCAAAAAAAGAAAAACACUCAUGUAAAUAUGCUGCUUUGCUUGUUAAAUAAAAAAAAGCAAGGAGAAUCA